UCCAGAUACGAUGGCAGAGGGAGAUUCUAAAUGUUGUGAUGAUUGUUCCUAUUAUAUCAUCAAAUUCAUACUGUUCUUCUACGCCUGCUGUUGGUGGCUAAUAGGCGGAUGUAUCCUGGGUAUUGGCAUCUAUGCAGAAGUAGAGCGACAGCAGUACAAGACACUGGAGGGUGUGUUUCUGGCCCCAUCUAUAAUCCUGAUCCUACUGGGCAUCAUCCUAUUUGUUGUUUCAUUCAUUGGAGUCUUGGGUUCCCUAAGGGAUAAUGUAACUCUAUUGAACGUGUUCAUGUACACCCUGGCAGCGUGUCUGCUCCUGGAGCUGGUCGGAGCAAUCUUGGGGCUGGUGUUUCGCAACCAGGCGGAACGUUUAUUGAACAAGAACAUUCGAAAGGGCAUCGUAAACUACUACGAUGACUUGGACUUCAAAAAUAUCAUGGACUACGUUCAGAGGAGGUUUAAGUGUUGUGGAGGUGAAGAAUUUAAAGACUGGAAAGUCAACAUGUACCACAACUGUAGUGCGCCUGGUCCGUUAGCCUGCGGUGUCCCAUAUACCUGCUGUGUUACUACUACGACUAAUGAAGUGCCCAACACUAUGUGUGGGUACAAGGCCCUAGAUGACAAGCAUCAACCACUGCCUGACAUCUAUACCAGAGGCUGCACCGGUGCAUUCAUUUAUUGGCUGCUGGACAAUUAUAAGAUUAUGAUCAUACUUCUGUUUUUGAUCCUAGUGCCUCAGUUCUUCGGUGUGAUAGUCACCCGGAUAUAUAUCACUCGUGUUGAAGACAUGAGUAAUCAGUACGUUCAACCCACCGAAGAUGUUGCACUACGUCAGAAAGGUCGCUUGGACAAAUGGUUCAAAUGUAUGCCAGAAUGGGACUGA